AUGGCCGGGGCCAUCAUCGAGAACAUGAGCACCCGCAAGCUCUGCAUCGUCGGGGGCAUCCUGCUCGUGUUCCAAGUCAUCGCCUUCCUGGUGGGAGGGCUCAUCGCUCCCAGCCCCACGACAGCUGUUCCCUACAUGUCAGUGAAGUGCAUUGAUGUCAGGAAGAACCACCACAAAACCAAGUGGCUGAUGCCCUGGGGACCCAACCACUGCAAGAAGCUGAAGGAUUUCGACGAGGCCGUGAGCCGGCAGAUCGAGGCCAACGACAUCGUGUUCGCCGUGCACAUCCCGCUGCCCAACAAGGAGAUGAGCCCCUGGUUCCAGUUCAUGCUCUUCAUCAUGCAGCUGGACAUUGCCUUCAAGAUGGACAACGACCUCAAGGAGAAUGCAGAGAUCACCCUGGAUGUGUCGCUGGCCUAUCGUGACGACAUGUUCGAUGACUGGGAGGAAAUUGCACAUGCCAUAGAGAUCAGGAAGCUGAAGUGCACCUUUGGCUCUCCAAAAACCGUGGAGUCCGAGGGCCGUCACUACGACUGUGAUUUCCUGCCCUUCAUGGAGAUUGGCAGCGUGGCACACAAGUACUACCUCAUCAACAUCCGCCUGCCCGUCAACGACAGGAAGGGCAUCAACGUGGGCAUCGGCGAGAUCAAGGACAUCCGCCUGGUGGGCAUCCAUCAGAACGGAGGCUUCACCAAGGUGUGGUUUGCCAUGAAGACCUUCCUGACCCCCAGCAUCCUGAUCAUCAUGGUGUGGUACUGGAGGAGGAUCACGCUGAUGACACGCGCUCCCGUCCUGCUGGAGAAGGUCAUCUUUGCUCUGGGAAUUUCCAUGACCUUCAUUAACAUCCCUGUGGAGUGGUUUUCCAUCGGGUUUGACUGGACUUGGAUGCUGCUCUUUGGAGACAUUCGACAGGGCAUCUUCUACGCCAUGCUGCUCUCCUUUUGGAUCAUCUUCUGCGGGGAGCACAUGAUGGACCAGAACGAGCGCAAUCGGCUCUCGGGGUACUGGAAGCAGGUUGGGCCCAUCGCCGUGGGCUCCUUCUGCCUCUUCAUCUUCGACAUGUGUGAGAGGGGAGUGCAGCUCAAGAACCCCUUCUACAGCAUCUGGACCACCGAGGUGGGCACGGAGCUGGCUAUGGCCUUCAUUAUAGUCGCAGGGAUCUGCCUGUGCCUCUAUUUUCUCUUCCUGUGUUUCAUGGUCUUCCAAGUGUUCAGAAACAUCAGUGGGAAGCAGUCGAGCCUCCCUGCCAUGAGCAAGGCUCGCCGCCUUCACUACGAGGGGCUGAUUUUUAGGUUCAAGUUCCUGAUGCUCAUCACCCUGGCGUGUGCAGCCAUGACCGUCAUCUUCUUCAUCGUGAGCCAGGUGACAGAAGGCCACUGGAAGUGGGGGGACAUCACAAUCCAGGUGAACAGCGCCUUCUUCACCGGCAUCUAUGGCAUGUGGAACCUCUACGUGUUCGCCCUCAUGUUCCUGUACGCGCCAUCCCACAAGAACUACGGCGACGACCAGUCCAACGGUGACCUGGGGGUGAACAGCGGGGAGGAGCUGCAGCUCACCACCACCAUCACCCACGUGGACGGGCCCACGGAGGUGUACAAGCUGGCUCGGAAGGAGGCUCAGGAGUGACACGGAGGAGCCUCAGCAGGGACCAGCCCGGGCUGGGGAGCAGGGGACACACGAGUCCCUCUGGCUGGACACCUCUCCAGCCACAUCCCCUCCUCCCUGGUGCACUCACAGAGCAGCCACAGCCAGCAGAGCAUUUGUAACUCUUUACUAUGGUGUAGUUAUUCCUGGGGGGAGGGCUGUGUAUAUUGUGUGACACGUAAAACCCUGCUGGAAGGGCACUGAGGUUGCAAAGUCGCACGUCCGGGGCAGAGGUGCCGUGGGGCUGGUUUGAUUUUGCUGGGUGUGCUGGUGCAUAAAGGUGCUGCAGGGAGCUCAGGCAGGAGCACGUGCUCAGUACUCUGGGGCUGCUCCUGCGUGCAGCAGGUGUUGGUUUUGGGGGGAGCCUUGUUGUAAAAACAUUGAAUUCCACCGCUGUAGCUGUAUCAGCCCUUGUCUUUGUGCAGCCCUGCAGCCACCCUCUGUCGCUGGAUGGAGCACAGCUGGGAGAGGAGUAGGCUGUUAGUAAGGCUUUAGUAGAAGCAGUGAGUGCUUUCUCAGCAGCUUUUACAGCUGUUUGCUGAAUACAGGCAAUGCCCAGGAUGCUGAGCUGAGUUGCAGGAGAACAGAGCGCUCCUGACCCCAGCUCCCAGCUGGCUGAUCCCUCCCUGCUCUCAGUCUCUUUGGCUUCCCCUGCUUUUGUGGCUCCCUCCACCUCCCCUUUUGUUACAGUGCAUCCCUGGGAGCCGGGCAGUCUCGCUCUGUGCACUGCCAGCCUGGAGCAGAGCUGGAUUCUUCCAGGGAUUAUCAGACUUGAAAGAAUCCGCUGGUCACGCACUAAUGUGGAUCUUUGCUUUCCCAGAGCAGGCGCUGGGCUCGCUCAGCCCCGUGCUGGGAGCCUUUGGCAAAGACAGGGGAGUGGGAACUGACCCAGUGGAGGUGUGAGCUCGGACCAGUUCAGAGAAAUGAGUGGGGAAGGGUCUGCGCUGCUCAGGGCUCCUGGAGGGUCCAGAGAGCCUCAUGAGCUGGCAGGAGUAAAUAACAUGGAACUCACCCUCCCAGUUCUGGCCCUACAAGGUAAGAAUCUGCUGCUGCUGUGUGUUAGAGAGGGGCAGAGAGGGGAAACUCAUUUCUGUCAGCCCAGGUAAAAUCACAAUUGCAGGUACCAUAACGAUUUCCACCCCAGAACUCAUUCAUUUGCCCUCAUCCAUUUGUUAAAGCUCAGCACUAUGAAAAAGGAGAGGGUGGCACCACAAGAUCACUUUGGAUGGGUUUGCUGGCUGGGCACCCCACGUUGUGCACCGUCACAUGGGGCUCCUCCAGUCAGGAUGUGCCACACUGGGCACACCCCUCUCCCUGUGUAUUCAUUGGAGCUCCUAUUGGAUUUUCCUAGAGCAAUUCCAUUUGUUGUCUUUGCCCUCCCUGGGAUCCCCAGCUUCCCCUCCCCCUGGAGACAAAGCAGGUCCAAGCAGGUUCCUACUCAUAGUAGUUACUCCAUUAGGAAGUGAAUUAAACCAACCCGGUAACCCCGGAACAUUCCCAGCUGAACACUCGACUUUGCAACUUUACCGUCCCUUUUCCCUUGGGUUCUUACGUGAUAUUUAUGUUGUUCCCAUAGCUGUGUCCGUGGGUUCUUUUCCAGCUUAGACUAUAGCAUUGCAUUUUGUAAAGGCUCCCCACAAAAGGGGAGCUGCAGCUUUCAAACCAAAUUUUGUGUCAAACUAACAAUUUGUUUACGGGGCGCGUGUACGUGUGCGUGCGUGUGUGGGUUUUUUUAUUUCUUCAUUCCUCAGCCCUACUCAUAUGUCUUGGAAAUAGUCCCUGGGUCUUAUUAAAAUAUAUCCUUUUUUUUUGUUGUUGUUUAGGUUGAGUUCAGUUUUUACAGAAUGCUUUAAGCAACCUGGAAAACAUGUAGUUUUGUUAAUUUAAAUAAAAUAUACAAUA